CCCGGGCGCCCGAGCUCCGGCGCCGCUGCUCCUCGGGCUCCGCUUCCGAACUUGGCUUCCGAGGCCGUGGAGCCGCCUCCUGCUGCGCUGUCGGACCGGAGCACCGACUGGGAAGGAAGGGGAACGCGGGGACACACACCCGCGGCGCGCGCGCAUUGCACACUCGCAGCCGCGCGCCCCCGCCGAGGCGCGUCUGGGGCGGGUUCGGCUCGGCCGCUCCGGCCGGCACCUGCCUGACCCCGCUGCUGCCCCGGCCCGGGCCCCACCCCUCUGCCGCGCCGCUGUCCCUUCGCCGGGGAAGCGACAACAUCCCGACAACUUGCAGGCUGUGGCGCAACUGGUCUUGGCGGCGGAGCCUCCCGCAUGCUGCCCGGGUGAGGAACCUGGGGAAAAAAAGAGUUUUAGAAAUGAUGAAUAGGCCGCCCAUCACUACCAACUACAGAUGACUUUGCCAUUCUGUUUACAAAGAUGUCGUCAGCUGCUGAAAAUGAAGAUGCAGCACCUGGAAAACAAAGUGAAGAAAAAACCUAUAAAAAGACUGCAUCAUCUGCUAUUAAAGGUGCUAUUCAGCUGGGAAUAGGAUACACAGUGGGGAAUCUCACUUCCAAGCCAGAACGAGAUGUUCUUAUGCAAGACUUUUAUGUGGUGGAAAGUGUGUUCCUACCCAGCGAAGGGAGCAAUCUGACCCCAGCACAUCACUACCCAGACUUCAGAUUUAAGACAUAUGCUCCACUAGCAUUCCGAUACUUCAGAGAACUUUUUGGUAUCAAGCCUGAUGAUUACUUGUAUUCCAUCUGCAGUGAACCUUUGAUAGAGCUGUCCAACCCUGGAGCCAGCGGAUCCCUGUUCUUUGUGACCAGCGACGAUGAGUUUAUCAUCAAAACCGUUCAGCAUAAAGAAGCGGAGUUCCUCCAGAAGCUACUGCCAGGCUACUACAUGAAUUUAAACCAGAAUCCCAGGACUCUUUUGCCCAAAUUUUAUGGCCUGUAUUGCAUGCAGUCAGGGGGUAUCAACAUCAGGAUCGUGGUGAUGAACAACGUCUUGCCGCGCUCAAUGCGAAUGCACUUCACGUACGACUUGAAAGGCUCCACCUACAAGCGAAGAGCAUCCCGAAAGGAGAGGGAGAAAUCGAACCCCACGUUUAAGGACUUAGAUUUCCUCCAAGACAUGCACGAAGGGUUAUAUUUUGAUACGGAAACAUACAACGCGCUCAUGAAAACACUGCAGAGAGACUGCCGGGUGCUAGAAAGCUUCAAGAUCAUGGACUACAGCCUUCUGCUGGGAAUUCACAUCCUAGACCACUCCCUUAAGGACAAAGAAGAGGAGCCCUCACAAAACGUGCCUGACGCAAAGCGACCUGGGAUGCAGAAAGUCCUCUACUCGACAGCCAUGGAAUCCAUCCAGGGUCCAGGGAAAUCUGGAGAUGGGAUCAUUGCGGAGAAUGCAGACACAAUGGGAGGCAUUCCAGCUAAAAGCCAUAAGGGAGAAAAAUUGCUUUUAUUUAUGGGCAUUAUUGACAUUCUACAAUCAUAUAGGUUAAUGAAGAAGCUGGAGCACUCCUGGAAAGCUCUUGUGUAUGACGGGGACACUGUUUCAGUUCAUAGACCAAGUUUUUAUGCAGACAGAUUUCUGAAGUUUAUGAAUUCCAGAGUUUUCAAGAAAAUUCAAGCUUUGAAAGCCUCACCUUCUAAGAAAUGGUGCAACUCCAUUGCUGCCUUAAAGGCAACCUCGCAGGAGAUUGUGUCCUCAGUUAGCCAGGAGUGGAAGGCUGAGAAGCAUGAUUUGCUGACAGAAGGACAAAGUUUUAGCAGCCUCGAUGAAGAAGCUCUGGGAUCCCGACACAGGCCAGACCUGGUCCCUAGCACUCCAUCACUGUUUGAAGCCGCUUCCUUGGCAACCACUAUUUCAUCUUCUUCCUUGUAUGUCAGUGAACAUUGCCCACAAGACAGGACUACGCUUUAUUCAAACAGCAAAGGGUUACCUUCGAGUUCGACCUUCACCUUGGAGGAGGGGACCAUCUACCUGACGGCUGAGCCAAGCGCCAUGGAAGUGCAGGACGACAACGCCUCUGUGCUUGAUGUCUAUUUAUAAAUGAAAACGGCAACCACCUGAGCACGCUGACGAGUCCUGAGCGCCUUUGUGGGAGAGAAGUUUCUCUACCCCGGUGCUCUCCAGAGGAACACGGCUGUGCCCUGCUCCACCCAGUACGGGUCACCUGAGCCUAGAAGUCUGAGAAAUGUCGGGGACGCCUUGGCCACAAGCUGAUCAUCAGAGGGAAUGUGCCAGCUACCACACUGUUCUGUCACUCGCUGUUGCCUGCUGACCGUGAAGACCCGCAUGAUCUCUAUUGAAGCCACUCUCCAUCCCAACGCCAAUCACUCUUCUGGACUCAGACGUGCUCUUCCUGUGGACUCUGCCAUGGCUCCAUUUUGCAUGCGUCCAGUGAUUCUACAUAUAGAAUUUCCUUAUCUGUUUUUUAAAAAUCCAUCCAUGCAAAAUGAUGAUAAAGUAUAAAUUCUGCACUUUUCACCAAAUUACAAUCUUUCCCCAUGUCUUUGAAAGUUUAAAUUGGUUUCCUUUGAAGAUCAGUGUACUCGGUCUGCCUCUACUUUAUAGAAAAUUAGCUUCUAUAAAGAUUUUUUCACUGUUUACUAGUGAAAUGAGAAAAGCAAAUCUAUUUAUAAAAGGCCUUAUGUUGUGUACAUACAUUGUCUUUGAAAUACCUGUGAUUAGUUUAUUGCUUGUAAAAGAAAUGAUAUAAUUUAUUUAGCAAAUACUACUGUAAACUAUAGUUUUAUUGAAAGAAAUAA